AUGUCAAGUAAUACUACAACACCAACACCAACAUCAACACCAACACCAACAUCAUCACCAAGUAUAGGACCAGUACCUAUACCUUAUGAAUCAGCAAGUUUUGGAAAUUUAUUAUUUUUUGCAAUUUCAUUAGUACUAUGUGGAGUUGUCGUAUUGAUUGGUAUGAAACAAUACAUUUCAUUAAAGAGAACACCAAUUUAUGCAACAUUUUUCUCUUUUUUAGGUUGGUUUAUGUGUUUUUCAAUUGCAUAUUUAGUACCAUUAGAUAUUAUUGUUACUGAUCAUUUACAAUGUGUUAUUGAAAACAAUGAAACAUUAACAGGAGAAUGUGAGAUACCAGUAACUUAUUUACCAUAUGGAAUGAUAACACAACAAUGGAGAUUUUUAUAUUUUGGAUCAUUGAUAUUAUGUUGGGUAAUAUUCCCAGUACUUCAAUCAUUUUCAACAGCAGGUGAUUUUAGAUUUUGGGAAAGAGUAAAGAGAGCAACUAAAGAGAAUGUUAUAUUAUAUACUUUUAUGUUUAUUGCAGGAUUAAUUGGUAUCAUUGUGAUUCUAAGUGUUAAAGAGAUGGAUCCAAGUAGUUUUUUAAGUUUUGUAAUGUUAUUAGCAAAUGUCUAUGGUGUGAUUUUAAUUACUAUCACAAUGGGAUACGGAUUAAUCGAUGUGCCACGUAAUCUAUUAAGAAAAGGAAGUCAUUAUGCAAUUCUACGUAACUAUCGUGUGGAGGCUGUAGUGUUGAAAACUGAAUUGGAGGAUGUUAAAAGACAAUUGAUUGACCAUUUGAAAUUGAUUAAAACCAUAUCGGAUAGAGCAGGUCAAUACGACCCAUUUAGAAUCUAUUUAGAUGUUAUCAUUUCAAAAUGUCCAACAGAGUAUGAUGUAUUGAUUCAAGAGUACCAUGCUGAACCAUUACCAGCAGGUAUGGAAGCAGAGAUUUUAAGUUAUAAAUAUUUAGUUGGUAUUCAUUCUACUCUAUUGGAUUUAGUUGAUCGUAAUCAUUCCGCAGAGGUGUUGUAUGAACGUUUAUUAGGUAAAGCAUUUGCAAUUGAGGAUAUUAUUGAAACUCGUGAACGUAACAAACAAACAGCUGGAAACAACCAAAUCGCCGGUGAAGAGAGAUCAAUUCAGUGGUCAUUUAAAUCAACGAAAUCAAAUGGUAAAUUCGAAUAUUUAUGGCAUAUGUAUAUUCAUCCUUGGUAUUUCAUUAUUGCAGGUUUGGUUUGUGUUUGUUUGUCAGGUAUUAUAUUGUGGAGUGAAAUUGUAUUAGCACUCGUUAGUAAUCCAGAUUAUUCACCAUUCUAUCGUGCAAUCGUAAGAAUGGAGCCAGGUAUUGGUUUACAAAUAUUUUGUUUCAUACCAAUGAUCUAUAUGUGUGUUUGCUCCUAUUCAACAUUAUUCAAAUUACGUAUUUCAAACUAUUACCGUCUCGUACCACAACAAUCAAAUACUUUUAGUAUCAUGUUUAGUGCAAAUUAUCUUUGCCGUUUAGCUGCUCCAUUAGCAUAUAAUUUCAUUCAAAUUUGUCAUGUAAAUCAAGAUAAUUCAAUCGUUUCUCCCUUUUCAAAGAUUAUGGGUGAUAUGAAUGCUUUUGGUGAUAAUGCAUUGGGUAAAAGAUUCACUCUAUUCUUUCCAAUCUUUAUGAUUGUAGUUUGUGUCAUCUCUUUCUUUAAUCUUCAUAAAAGAUUGGCCGGUUCUUGUUGUAUUAGAAGUUUAAGAAUUGUAACUGAUACUUCUGAAGGUGCAGUAGACCAUGGUUUGAAAAUUUUAAAACAAGAACGUGAAGAAAGAUCUCUUACUGGUGGUGUUGCUCCUGUCAAAACAAGAAUGAGUAUCGUUAAAGAAAUGUUCACCAAAAAGAAAGGAGCUGGUAUUUUAGUAACCGAUAAUAGUCAAUUAGAUGGUGCCAGUGGUGCUCAUAGAGAACCAUCAAUUGAUUCUUCAAAUAGAUAUAAACCUACACCAACAAAAACUUCAAUUAAUAUUCCAAAAUUAUCAAGAACUUAUACUUCUGCUGCUGGUAAUGUUUAUUCUUCAACUCAAGAUGGUGAUGAAAAUUCUAAUUCAGGUAUCAAACCAAUUAAUAGUUUCUUUUCCAGUAUUUUGGGUGAAAAAGGAAAUGCAUCAAAUAAUAAUAAUAAUAAUAAUAAUAAUAAUAAUAAUAAUAAUAGUAAUAAUAAAAAUAGUAAUAAUAAUAAUAAUUCAAUUUUAACAUCAAAUUAUGAAAGUUAUUCUACUCCAAGAACUAAAGACAAACAAGGUUUACUUUCAUCUGCUUUAGAUAAAAUGGAUUUUUCUUUCCAAGAUGAUGAUGAUCAUACUUUUGAUGAUAUAGAAAUGGGUGCUUAUGGAACUGGCCGUAAAAAUAAAAAGUAA